AAUGACUCGGCUGUUGUGGGAUCGUUGAUCCAGCGAUUGACGUACACAACCUGAAGCUAUCUUGAUUUCGGCACAUUUCGCACGUCUAUCAUUUUACCCUCUUUCAAUAGCGGAAUCCAUGUCGGUCUCGGGCCACCACCGAGAUUGACGAGGUCUCCGGUAUUAAAAAGCCUGUUUCAGAGGUGCCGGCCAAGACAGCGUCUGAACUCGCUCGCCAUCUGCGGUUUCCUCUGCCUUUGAGCGACCACGCGAGAAAGAUGCAGAAAGAAGACGAAGCCGACGAUACGAUCUGCAUAGACGACCACGCGAGAAAGAUGCAGAAAGAAGACGAAGCCGACGAUACCAUCUGCUUAGACGAAUCUUUCUUCGUCAAUCGCGAUUAUGAUCUCACCACUUUUACAUUUGGGUCUCAUGUCCUUAAUCUCUUCUGCCUUCGCUCUGCUUCUACCGAUUAUGAUCUUACUGGGCAAUUAGUAUGGCCAGGUGCAGUGUUGUUGAACAAUUACCUCUCCAAAAAUGCUGAAAUACUUGAUGGGAAUUCAGUGAUUGAACUAGGAUCUGGAGUUGGUAUUACUGGCAUAUUGUGCAGCCGAUUCUGCCGAGAGGUUGUAUUAACUGAUCACAAUGAAGAAGUUCUUGAGAUCAUGAAGAAAAACAUAAAGCUCCAUUUAUCUUCAGAAUCAAGUUCUCCUGCUUUGACAGCUGAGAAACUUGAGUGGGGAAAUAGUGUUCAGAUCAGUGAAAUCUUACAAAAGCAUCCAGGAGGAUUUGAUCUAGUUCUUGGAGCUGAUAUUUGCUUUCAACAGUCCAGCAUUCCUCUUCUUUUUGAUACUGUGGAGAAGCUUCUCCGUUUUCAGGAAGGCAAAUGUAGAUUCAUACUGGCUUAUGUGUCUCGAGCUAAGAGAAUGGAUACGUUGGUUAUUGAUGAAGCUGUUCAGCAUGGAAUGCAGGUCAAUGAAGUACAUGGGACAAGAUCGACUGUUGCAAACCUUGAAGGAGUCAUAUUUGAGAUCACCCUUAACUGAUGUUCACGAUGUAUAACAGACACCUCCAUUCUUUUCUGGUAGUCAGAUGUUAAAAUGACGAAUAAGUCCAUGAAACAAUUUGGCAUGGAAACAGGAGAUGCUUGCUUUCUUUGGUUGCUUAUAUGGUAAAAAAAGGAAGCCGAAGGGUGGGAGCAAAAUGACUACGAAAGCUACAGGAUAUAAUCUCCUUUUUAUCAGGUUGUUUUUAAUGCUAACCAAAUAUUAGAGCAAAUUGUACUCUAAACUAAUGUCCCAUUGGAAUAUAGUUCUUUGUGUUGCAAGAUACACCUUGUAAUGAUUCGUAGAAUCAUGGCAAGAAACCAUAAAUCAAAUGCAGCCUUUUUUUCUUAA